AUGUCAAAUAAAAAUAAUGUUAAUAAUAAAAAUUAUUUUAAAAAUUUUUAUUUUAAAAAUAAUAAUAAAUGUUUUCAACAUGAAAAUAAAGAUAUUAUAGCAAUAUGUUCUCAAUGUAUGAAUACACCAGUUUGUUUAGAAUGUGCAACUAAUAAAUUAUUUCAUCAAGGUCAUAUACUUGAAACAAUUAAUAAAGAUACAAUAACACCAAUAAUUAAUGAAUUUAAAGAUAUAAUAAAACCACAACUAAUACAAUAUUCAAAUAAAAGUCAAGAGUUUUUAAAUAAUUUGGAUAUUAAAUUCAAAGAAUUAUCAUCAACUCAUAAAACUAAUAUAACUUUAAUUAAUAAAGAAUUUAAACAAUUACAUUUAAUUUUACAAAUAAUUGAAAAUGAUCUAAUUAAACAAUUAGAAACAAACUUUGAUGAAAAUCUUCAAACAAAUACAAUUAUAAAAUCAUUCAUUGAAAAUAAUUUAAAAAUAAUUUUAAAAACUUGUGAAAUAAUUGAUAAUAAAAAUAAUAAUAAUAAUGAUGAUGAAUAUCAAUUAAUACAAAUAAUAAAAACAUAUUAUCACUUUAAAAAACAAUUAAAUAAUAAUAAUCAUAUCAAUAAUAUUAAUAAUAAUAGUUGUAUUGGUGAAAUUAAUUUUUCAAAAUUUAAUAAUAAAAUUGUGUCAAUAAAAAAGGAAUCUUCAGAAAUAAUUAAAGAAUGUUUAAAUUCAAUAAUAACACUAAUUCCAAAUGAUAAUUAUAAUUGUAAAGAAAAUGAAGAAUUAUUAGUUAAGGAUAUUAAUACAUCACAAUUAAUCAGACCAAUUCAACCAUCAUAUAAACCUCAUUUUACUCAAACUAAACCAUUUAUAGAAAAAUUAAAUAUUAAUAAUAUUAAUAAUAAUAAUAAUAAUAAUUUUAAGUAUUUUAAUUAUUUACCAAACCAAAAUAUUAUUAUAAAUAAUGAAAAUGAAAAAUUUAAUAUGAAACAAAGUCAAUUUGGUAUAUAUAAUGAAAAGAAAUCAAUGGUAUAUCAAGAUGGAGUAAAUAUACCAAACGAUAUUGAAUUUAUAACAAUUGGUGAAGGACAACAUUUACCAGAUAAAAUACCAAUUAAUUGUAAAUGGAUUUUAUUACCUGAUGGAUUUAAUGAAUCGCUACAAUCUUUACCUUCAACUGUUGAAAAUUUAUGUAUAUAUAAUUUAAAAUCAAUUCCUAAUUAUGCUUUAAUUCCAAAAUCAAUUAAAAGUAUACAUUUUUAUGAUGAAUUUAAUAAUUCACAACAAAGACAAUUAAAUCUUAAUAAAAAAUAG